AAUCGUUCCUCGUAUCUUGACCAUCGCUGCCCUUCAGACCUACUUGACGAUGGGCAUCGUCAGCAGCAAGCCCGAGGAGGGGCCUGCUCUCUACUUGAGAGACCAGAAUAGAUUGAGCAUAUCCUCUUUAGUCGUCACAAACCCACGGAAGCGCACUUCUGUAAACAUCGUUCCCAAUGCCUUUCCUGCUACUAGAGUUUCUGCCCAGAGACCUCUCGGCGACACAUCUCCUGUAGAGUUCGUCCAGGAUCCUGAUAUUUCAAAUCCAACAGCACCACCGAACUUCUUAGUCAAGCUCAGCAACGAUGACGAGCUCAUAUUUUCCUUCACAUUCGUUAUGCGCCAGGCGCAGCUUGCGCAACCAGCCACUUCCUCUGAACCAGCAUCCGCUCCAAUUGAUACCAGUAUAUCGGGCCUUACCUACGUCUACGCCUCGAAUCUGAAAGAAGUCGAGAACUUGGUGACCCGAGAGUUUCAUGCCGACCCAAAUCUACAUAGAAAUGCCAACGUAGCAUUGGUCGGCGAUUAUACUACAGGAGGAAGCCCGUCGGUAUCGUUCGAAUGGACAUGGAAAUGGAAGCCCCCGAAGCCUACUGAGGAUAAGGGUGGCGGCUGGAGGAACUCGUGCAGCUUUGUCGAGUAUGACCCUCGAGCUCACCGACUGCACACGCUAGCUAGUUUCUCCUACUUCGUUGCAGGCACACCCGCGUCUUUGAGCCAUCCAAAUUCACCAUCGCCCCCUUUCCUCCUGGCAUCUCCGCCUAAGAUUCGCGUUGCCUCGUCCCAAUCAGUCGACUCUCGUAUCACCGCUCCUGAUAUCAUAGAUGAGCCUGUUUCGCCUCUUAUUCCUACAGCUGAAAUGCCCCUUACACCAGGCUUCCCACAGGCCAAAGAGACUGUCAAAGUUGACGUAGCUUGUCCCAAGCCGAACGAGGAAUCCAUGGUCAGCGAUGACGGUCCCGUCUUUCGGGCUACCCUCAAAGCCCUUGAGCAAAAGACAGGCAACAUGAGGACACAGAUGAAGAAGGUUCUGAAGAAAGCAGAACAUGCGCAUUCUUGUCAGAUUGAAGCCAACGAUGCUUUCACCGCGUUCGUGGAUGCUUUGCGAGAAGCUGCAGCAACCAAUGCCAACGCCGUUCAACCUGCUUUGACACAUUACUUUGAUAAGAUUGCCAGGGAAAUCUUAUCGUAUGAGCGACAAAACACUUAUAACCUACAGAAGAUCAUUAUUGAACCCGUAACCAAAUUAUACCAAGUGGACAUCAAACAAGCCGAGUCGAAGAAGCGAGACUUCGAGGAGGAAAGCAAGGAUUAUUAUGCAUACGUAUCGCGUUAUUUGGGACAGCGUCAGGAUUCGGUCAAGGCGAAGAAGCUUGCGGAAGCCGAUUCCAAAUACCAAAACAAGCGACGAAACUUUGAGCUUAAACGAUUUGACUACUCUAGUUUCAUGCAGGACCUCCACGGCGGCCGCAAGGAACAGGAGGUUCUGUCUCACCUGACAAGGUUCGCUGAUGCUCAGACACGAGGUUUUAUGGCUACUGCGAAGAAGAUUGAGGUUCUUCUACCCCAAUUGGAAGCUUUGUCCAACGAAGUUCAAGAGGCCGACAAGGAAUAUCAGUAUCAGCGAAGAGAGCGUGAGGAAAAGAGACGCCUUCUUGAAAAGAGCAACACACCGUACAAGGAACCCGAACAAAAUAGCACUGCAAGCAAUACGCCCGUCGGCUCCGCCACCAACGGCAAUACAGGCAAUACCUCGGAUUCAGAUUUGGGCCGUGCUGAUAGCACCGGGUCUCAGCUCAAUGCCGGAUCAGUGAAUGUUCCAUCAGGUGUGGAGUUAUCCAGAUCUCCAGGUAGUCUUGGUCAGACAGGUGUUGGAAGUCCUGCAGCUGCUUCCAAGUUCAAGGGUAUUCGGGAUCUUGAGGAGCGAGAUAACAUGCCAUCUGCCGUCACUCACCGGAAGGAAGGCCUUCUGUGGGCUCUCAAUAGACCGGGAGGACAUGUUGACCCUCGUAAUUUGAACAAACAGGGCUGGCACAAAUUCUGGAUCGUUCUGGACCAGGGAAAGCUGUCAGAGUACAGUAACUGGAAGCAGAAACUUGAUCUCCACAUUGACCCUAUCGAUCUUCGUAUGGCAUCUGUUCGAGAAGCCCGUAAUGCGGAGCGGCGAUUCUGCUUCGAAGUCAUUACCCCUAGUUUCAAACGAGUGUACCAGGCGACCUCUGAAGAGGACAUGAAUAGUUGGAUCACAGCUAUAAACAAUGCUUUACAGAGCGCCAUGGAAGGACGCAGCUAUCAAGGGAAGCCAACUUCAUCAAAUGGCGAUUCUUCCCUAAGAAGAGAUAUUGGCUCUGUGCUCACAGGAAAGACACAAUCGCUGAGCCACGGAAAUCAUCAUAGCACCGCCAAUACUGGAAUACCGAGUCGAAGGAUAACCGUUGGUGCGCGACCAAGCGCAGUCAGAACCUCCAGCUCUGGGUAUGACGAGAACCCAGACAGGGUGCUCCAGAUGGUCCGAGACAACGAUCAAGGCAACUUGUGGUGCGCCGAUUGCGGUUCAGGAUCCAAGGUUGAGUGGGUAUCGAUCAAUCUGGGCAUUAUUCUUUGCAUCGAGUGUAGUGGCAUUCACCGAUCACUCGGAACCCAUAUUAGCAAGGUGCGGUCUUUGACGCUGGACAUCAAGUCCUUCACCAUUGAUAUUGUCGAGCUUCUACUGCUAAUCGGGAAUCGGGUAUCGAACAUGAUUUGGGAGGCGAAGCUUGACCAGUCGCUGAAGCCAACGGCACAGGCAAGCCGAGAACAGCGACUCCGGUUCAUCACAUCAAAGUAUGUAGAUCGUUUGUUCGUCGAACCCAUUUCGCCCACGCUGUCACGAUACGGGACAGCAGAGGAGACACUCUUGGCAGCCAUUAAGAAGAAUGAGAUACAGCAAGUACUCUAUGCGUUGGCGCUGAAGGCAAAUCCCAACACAGUUGACAAAAUGAGGGGCACACAUGCUGUAUGGCUCGCCCUGGCCGCUGCAGAUCCAGCAGCUCCCUCACCGGGAACUCCACACACGGUAACCGAUGCGGAAGCAAAAGCUGUGCCGUUCCCUGUGGCCGAGCUAUUGGUUCAGAAUGGAGCCGAGAUUCCUGCAACUAUGCCAGCGUUUCCCCUGGGCCGCUUCGCCCAAAUCUAUGUCGAGCAGAAGCGUGGCCGUACGGUCAUCGAAGGGUCGAUGGAUGCAGUGCCCUCAUUACCUAGUAACAUGAGCCCAGCCGAGAGGCUUCAGCGAGAGAAAGAAGCCAGGCUACAGAAGCGAGUCAGCACAGGGGGCAGGUUGGCCAGAUCUCCCAUCCCUGAGAGAUAGGAACCGGGACAGUAGGAACCACUGGCAGGCUUAAGUUCCUGUUGCUUCUUGAACAAUCUCCCCCGGACACACAAACUGAUCGGGAAACGAUUUCGCCCCUGCAAUGGGCUAAUUUAAC